AGAUCUAGUUUCUCCACUUUGUUAUAUAAAUUACUCUUUCUACUUUGUUAUAUAAUACAGAGAUGGUGAGAACACCUUGCCACGAUGAAAAUGGUCGUAAGAAAGGUACUUGGACACCUGAAGAAGACAGGAAAUUAGCAGAAUAUAUUACUAAAUAUGGAUCAUGGAACUGGAGACAGCUUCCCAAAUAUGCUGGUCUAGCAAGGUGUGGAAAGAGCUGCAGGCUUCGAUGGAUGAAUUACUUAAGGCCAAAUGUUAAAAGAGGAAACUACACAAAAGAAGAAGACGAAAUCAUCUUGAACCUCCAUUCUCAACUUGGAAAUAAGUGGUCUGCAAUUGCUGUUCACUUGCCAGGAAGAUCAGACAAUGAGAUAAAGAAUCAUUGGCAUACUUCACUUAAGAAGCGCGCUAAUUAUUCUACAAACUCAAGUGACAAAUCAAGCAACAAAUGCAACAAUAAGAUGAAUAGAAGAAACAGUAAUGUGGAAAAUAAAAAUGCAAGUGCUAGUAUGAGUACUUUACAUGAAAAUAUAGUACUUGAAAGUUCAGAAUGGUCACCAAAAGAGUCAUCAAGUGAAGAAGAACUCUCCUCUUAUCAACUGGAAUAUAAUGUUUUUCAAGAAGAAUUAGCUUUGGAAGAAAUUACAAGUGAAAGAUUUUGGACAGAACCAUUUGUAGUUGAAAGUUACAAUAGUACUACUAGAAUUGAUUUUCUAGCUCCAUCAGUUGAUUAUUAUGGACUAGUGUGUCCACCUUCACCUUUUAUAGGUCAUGAAUUUCUUUCAUCCUUUGAUCUAGAUGAUUAUAAUUUGUAAAAAAAUAAUAAUGUUGAUUUAUCUCAAAGGAGAUGAUGACAUAGAAUGUAAUGUGAGGCAAUGCACACAUAUUAAGAAAAAUAUUUGUGAGGCAAUGCACACAUAUUAAGAAAAAUAUUUGAGGACAUAAUUUGAACCAUACUUUCCUCUAUUGCCUUU